UAAGUCAAUAUCAGUGCUAAAAUACGAUAUUAUCAUGAAUUCGAGGCAUUAACUGAAACACUACAUACAUUACGACAUGUAAAGGCUGCAGCGGGAAAUAAUACUAUGCCGGUUAUGGGGUAUCAUCAUUUCAAAGAAAAGAAAAAAUGGAUAAGUGGCGAGAAUAUUGAUAUUCAACCCGUGUCCACUGCGGCACAUUGGCCAUACAAGACUUCGAAGUGGUUAGGAUAUGAUUUUAGAAUGAAUUUACUGAAAUUAUGGAAAGGGCUGGAAAGGCCUUUGAAAAUUAGAGAAGAUUUGCUUCCCGAUUCCCCAAAUACUUUGCAGAGUACAUUUGUGCAAAGUUAUGAUCAUUCAAUCUCUCUUUUCUUUGCAUUUUGUGGAUGAAAACCCCUAAUUUCUUCACAAAAAAUGGGUUAACUGUGUGUGUUAUUACAAGCAGAUCUUGAUUAGGAAAUGAAUACCUCUAUUGACCCAUCUUAUUAAAAAUGGAUAGUUAAGCAUGGCUGUGAUAUGUACAAGCCCCAUAAUUUGUCUGUUCAUAAACGCACAAUUUUUCUGAAUAUACUUCUUUUUUCAAUAAUAUUUUACGCUUCAUUAGCUACGUGGACUCCAAAAGGCGAUUUAGGGGCACAUUGUCACUCAAGU